CUUGAAAACUAAAAUCCAAGAUUUGAUUACGAGGGGAAAAGAGAAUACGGUACCUAUACGAUGGACUGAUGGAGGACACAUUUAAUUAGGAAUUUCCACAAAUCUCCCUCUUCACACAACAACAGACACAUUCUUUCAGAUUUCAGAGAGAUCGUCGUCAUCUUCCUUCCACACUGUUUCUCCCUCUUUUUUUCCCCUUUUCAAUAUUCUCUCUCCUUCAUUUUCACUCUCAAACCCCUUUAUUUUUUCUCUCUUUUGCCGCUUUAAAUUCGAUCUUUUGUCGCUUAAGCUCGCUUUCAAUCAGAUCAUAAGCAUCUCUACCACUCUUGACUUCAUGGAUAAUGCUGGAUGUUCUACUCAGCUGAUCGAUGGAGAUGGUACAUUCAAUGUUGCCGGGAUCGAGAGUUUUCUAAAAGAAGUAAAGCUCUCAGAAUGUGGGCUUUCAUAUGCCGUAGUAUCCAUCAUGGGUCCACAAAGCAGUGGGAAAAGUACACUAUUGAAUCAUUUAUUUGGAACCAAGUUCAGGGAGAUGGAUGCAUUUAGAGGAAGGUCUCAGACAACAAAAGGAAUUUGGUUAGCGAGAUGUGCCGGCAUUGAGCCCUGUACUCUAGUAAUGGAUUUGGAGGGUACUGACGGCCGAGAAAGAGGAGAGGACGAUACUGCUUUUGAAAAACAAAGUGCUCUCUUUGCCUUGGCUGUUUCUGACAUAGUGCUUAUAAACAUGUGGUGCCAUGACAUUGGGCGUGAGCAGGCAGCAAAUAAACCUCUACUGAAGACCGUAUUUCAAGUAAUGAUGCGAUUGUUUAGUCCUCGUAAAACUACUCUGAUGUUUGUCAUACGUGAUAAGACAAGGACACCCCUUGAAAAUCUUGAGCCAGUUCUACGAGAAGAUAUUCAAAAGAUAUGGGAUUCAGUUCCUAAGCCACAAGCACACAAAGAUACUCCCCUGAGUGAAUUUUUCAAUGUUGAGGUUGUAGCUCUAAAUAGUUAUGAAGAGAAGGAAGAGCUAUUCAAAGAACAGGUUGCUAGUUUGAGGCAGCAAUUCUUCCAUUCUAUAGCUCCUGGUGGGCUUGCUGGAGAUCGCCGAGGAGUUGUGCCUGCUUCAGGCUUUUCUUUCAGUGCACAACAGAUAUGGAAAGUUAUCAAGGAGAACAAAGAUCUUGACCUUCCUGCACACAAAGUUAUGGUGGCUACUGUUCGUUGUGAAGAAAUUGCCAAUGAAAGGUAUAGCGACUUCACCCAAAAUCAGGAGUGGCUUCAGCUGGAGGAGGCUUCGCAAUCUGGUCCUGUUGCUGGAUUUGGAAAGAAGCUCAGUUCAAUAAUUGGGAACUGCUUUAUGGAGUAUGACUCGGAGGCUGUAUAUUUUGAUGAGAGUGUCAGAACUUCGAAGAGGAAGCAUCUAGAAGAGAAGUUACUGCAACUUGUUCAACCGGCUUUCCAUUCCAUUUUGGGACAUAUACGCUCUGGAUCAGUGGAGAAGUUUAAAGAAGCAUUUGAUAAAGCUUUAAAUGCUGGGGAAGAGUUUUCUGUUUCUUCCAACAGAUGCAAACAGACCUUCGUCAAUGUUUUUGAUGAAGGAUGUGCAGAUGCUGUGAUUGAACAAGCAAACUGGGAUACGUCUAAAAUGAGGUCCAAGCUUGUCCGUGAUUUAGAUGAAUAUAUUGAUACUGUUCGCGCUGCCAAAUUGUCUGAACUUACUUCCAGUUAUGAGGCAAAAUUGAAUGAGGCUCUUGCAGGGCCUGUUGAGGCACUUUUGGACGGUGCAAAUGAUGAGACCUGGCCAUCAAUUAGGAAACUUCUUCGACGUGAGACUCAGUCAGCAGUUUCUGGGCUAGCUAAAGAUCUUUCUGGCUAUGACUUGGAUGAGGUAAGCAGAGACAAAAUGAUUGCAAAGCUAGAGGAUUAUGCAAGAGGCGUGGUUGAAGGAAAAGCCAAGGAAGAAGCCGGAAAGAUCUUGAUCCAUAUGAAAGAUAGAUUCACGAUGUUGUUUAGCCAUGACUCCGACUCAAUGCCUCGGGUGUGGACUGGGAAGGAGGAUAUUAAAUCAAUUACAAAACUUGCUCGUUCUGCGUCCCUUAAACUGCUCUCUGUUCUGGCUGCAAUCCGGUUGGAUGAUGAAUCUGAUGAUAUUGACAAAACUUUAUCUAUUGCCUUAGUGGAUAAAAGUAAUACUAGUGACAGAAGUCUGACAGUAUCUGAUCCGCUAGCAUCAAGCAGCUGGGAGAAGGUUCCAUCAACGAAGACAUUAAUUACUCCAGUCCAAUGCAAAUCAUUGUGGAGGCAGUUCCAGAUGGAGACGGAAUAUACUGUUAGUCAGGCCAUUGCAGCUCAGGAGGCCAGUAAGCGUAGCAACAAUUGGUUGCCACCUCCAUGGGCAAUUGCUGCCAUGCUCAUUUUAGGUUUUAAUGAGUUCAUGACUCUUUUGAGGAAUCCACUCUAUUUUUGCAUCAUCUUUGUUGGGUUUUUAGUAAGCAAAGCAUUGUGGGUCCAGAUGGAUAUAUCAAAUGAAUUUCAGCAUGGCGUUCUUCCUGGAGUCCUUUCCUUAUCAACUAGAUUUCUACCCACUGUUAUGAACAUGCUCAAAAAAUUAGCUGAGCUGGGAAACCAACCAGCAACUGCUGGUGCUCACACAAACCCACCCCUAGCCGCUAACAGCUUCCGAGGUGGUGUGAAUUCUGACGGUCUUUCAUCAACUGGUUCUUCCCAUUUAACAACAAAUGAAAAUGGAACAGAGUUUUCAAGCUCGUCAAAGGAGGACUAAUUGGUCCGAAACUCCGAUUUCCCAUAGAAGAUGGUGCUGCUUCUCCAUUGAGGGAUGCAGAUGUGUAUUUUACCAAUUAAUUUCAACCAUCAUAAGAUAAAAGACGAUAUGCAGAUAAUGGUUGGUUGAAGGCAUCGGUUUUGGUUUACAUGCCACAUGCACGAGUACGGGGUGUCUUAUUCAGAAACCCAUAUAGAUAGUUUUCUUUACCUUGUUCUUUUAUCUUCCUUCCCUCUCGCGUAUUGUGGGUUUCUCAGAUGAUGAUUCUGUCUGAUUGUGGAUUUGUGGCUAUAGUCUUGGUUCUUCUGUCUGUAAUGGUUGUGUCUCUUAGCUUGUCAUUUUUGUAUACGUAUCCAGAAGUUCCAUUGUAUCUUAAAAAGAAACCCUAUAGUUGAGAAUGAUACGAGCGAUUAAAUGAGUGAACUAGCAUGUUGGAUCUAGAUUGAUAUCUAAAUAUCUUUGCUCUGCUUCA